UUGCCCCCACAACAACACUAUGGCAGCUCCCUCUUCUACAUCAACAGUGUUGCUACCUUCGAGAAAGAAAAGAAGCGAUGUCAGCGAUACAGAUAGAAAUAAGCUAGAAGGAACAAAGAGCGUCUUAGAUAAGCUACUGGAAGGCAACAAACUGUCAAUAGCAUUUGACGACUACCAGCAGUGGGCAAGAAGGCCUAGAAGUCGAGUAGUCAAUGCUAAACAGGCCAAAGCGUCUAAGACGGUGCCAGAGUAUCUGCCUACUGUUGGAACAUUUCAGUUUCCGAGGCCUGGUGGUGCGAGAUCAGUAGGCAGCAGUUUGGGAAGGAGACAAGUCGCACAGAGACCAGCAACAGUCGCACCUGCUGAGACUCGGGUUCUAAAGGCAUUGAUUACAGCAAGAAGAAGGACUAUAGCCGCAUACAAUCAACAUCAAAAGGAUUUAAUCAAGCGCAACGUUGCUCUCAAGCAACAAAUCACAGAUUCCGAAAUGAAGAUUCAUGAUGAUGUUGACGAUCUGCUGCAACAUUAUUCAACUUUCAAAGGUGCUGUAGCUGUGAUUGAGAAGACAUUUCAGGAAAAAUUGGCAAUUGAAAAGAAAGCGUUGGAGGAAAUCUCAAGUGCAAAGAGAUAUGAAUUGCAACAUUUGGAGGAGGUAGCGAAAACACAAGAAAAGAAAGUGAAGAAAAGGCAAGAGGAAUUAUUGUUUUAUAAAUCUUACAAAGAUAAGGUAUUUCCUGAGAAGGCAAGAAGAAUAGCAGAGCUAAGACAGAAUCUGGAAGCAGUGAAUAGCGUGCUAGAGGCAUCACUGGAUGAAUUGAAAUCAACCGUUGAUGGGGAAAGACAGAAAAUGGAACAGAAGGAAGAGAGUCGAAAGACAAGAAUCCAACAACUUGCUGCUGAGGCUGCUAUUGAUUGUAUGGGGCCAGUCACACAAUCACAAGCAAUACAUAAUAUGAUCAUGAAGAAGGAAAUAGCAGCACACAAAACAGCUCUGGAACAGUUACGAUGUGACAUAAAGCUGUUAGAAGCUGAAAACAAACUCCUUCGACAAGAAGUAUCUUUAACUCGAUUUCCUAAUCAACGACCACAACAAAAGUGCCUUCCAACUACAGAACUUAAGCUGGACAUUCCACAACAGGAAUGGUUGCCAGUCUAGUUGUCUACUAAACACUCAUUAAUGUAAAAUUGUAUAGUUUGUAUAUCGAGUUUAACAUUUUCAGAUACAACAAUCAUCUAUUUCUGAUAUCA